AAAGACUACCGCAAGCAUCUGAUUGGUUAAAGAUACUCUAUUGCUAUUUUUAUCAGACAAUGCAAAUAGCUCUGGAGACGAUUGACAGGUCAUGUGACUACAGCUGAGAACGCUAGGGAAAUUAUGUAGACAUUUGCUCGGGUAUUUCAACAAGAAAUAUUGAAGAUUUCAGCAAGAAUUGGACAUUAAAGGUAUGUCAGUUUCAAUCAUAAGCUAUCGGAGAUCUUAAGUUCGUAAACUGAAGUCAAGAAAACGUGAGAUUCACGAGAUAUACGACAAGAAGCGAAACAGUGACCCCACGCACAAUCUAAAAAUACCAAACAAAAUGGCGGCGGUCAAAUACGCGAUUUUUAUCCCAUUUCCUUUGUUGCGAUAAAAUCAAGUAGGAUGACAGCUUAUUGAACCGGUUGUUUUAAAUGACUUAAUCAGUAUUGAUCAAGUAUUACUAAAAAUUAGACAUUCCCUUGAGCUAUGAAUAAGCAGGCAUACAUUGUUCGAGGGUUCUCACAAAGGCGGAUGUCGGAUUACAUUAUUGUAUACGUCAAGCGUACAACAUUUGCAAGAUUUUGAUUCUAUUCCACUGUGGGACAAAAUGCACGCUGAUACAAUUUGCUAUGACAACAACGGGUAUAUUGGAACGGGUGAAUCUGGUGUGCAAUACAAUUGUAUGCAUGCAAUUUGCAAAAUUCUUCAAAAUCAGUAUUCUUUCAACUAAGUUGCAAUAUAUUCUUCAUACUUCAUACAUUUGACAGCACGUGUGGAUUUUAUCGCAAAUCGCAGACUUGGGGGGUCAAAGUUCAUGGGAGCAGGUGUUUUGGCGUUAGGGGGAUGACCUCAUGCUGUGAUGGCGAACAGGCUUUCACACUUAACAAUAGAGGUCACCGUAUACAUAUCAAUCAUGCAUCGAAUAAACGAAAUCAGUUUGUAAUUAGAAUCUGUCAGAUGUAAAAAUUCUCUGCUCAAAAGAGAAAAAUUGUAUUACUAGAAAAAAGAGAAUAUUGAAAUUUAUGUGGUUCUUUUGAAAGUGACAAUUUUUUUUUAUCAAUAUUACAUUUGAAAAUUUUUGGAUUUACGUUAUUAUGUGUUUGAUAAUUCCAAUUUAUUAAAAAAAAAAAAUGCAAGCUAUAAUUUUAAGAAAAAUCGGCAAACUUCGUAAGAUAGAAAUUAUUAUUGCAUGCACCUUGUCUCAGACAGUAGUUGUACGAGCAAUUAUUAGUGUGAGUAUAAAUAUUAAUUUUGUCAAGGUGAAAGCUGAUGAUUGUGUCAGUUGGUGGACAUUUAAAUUCAUGUAUGUGUUAAAUCUUACUUUGAAAAAAAUAGAAGUCCGUCUUUUAUGUAUAUAGAGAUAAAACGAAAACUUUUCUUUCAAAUCCCAAAUCUUAAGACCAUGCUAUUCGUGCCAAGAAAAUUGAUGGUCAUUUUAUAGUCGCUUAACACGUGGGUUUUUUAAUGUUUUGUAUCUAUCACAGUAAAACUGAUUUUGCGUGACAUGGCCGUUACAUGGUGAUAAACAUUGUAUAUAUGGAUUGCCCCCCGUACCCCGGACCAAGCAAUGUUGAUUUUUUCUUCUUUUUCUUGUUUUAAUUCUUUUUUUGAAUUUCAAUACGAGGGACUUCAAAAGAAGUUAAACUGCGUAUGAAAAGUUGGGGUCGGUUUGAGCCGCGUCACGAUAAAUUCUUCCGCCGCUGCGCACAAAUUCAAAAUACAGGACGUGUAAAUCGGACGGAUCGAAAGAGAGAGAGAAAAAAAAGAACCCACAGGACGGGAUAUAUUUCAAGUCAGACACUAUUAACAUGUCUGGUACAGUCCGUAUUAAGAUCACAGAGCUGAACCCGCAUUUGAUUUGUGUGUUGUGUGGUGGGUACUAUAUUGACGCAGCAACUAUCCGGGAAUGUCUGCAUUCAUUCUGUAGAACAUGCAUAUCGAAAUAUUUGGAGACCACCAAGUACUGUCCAAUCUGUGACGUCAUGGUACAUAAAACGAAACCGCUCCAGUUUGUCAAAUCUGACAAGAAUCUUCAGGACCUUGUCUACAAGCUCGUCCCUGGGCUAUAUAAAGAUGAAAUGAAUAGGCGAAGGGAAUUUUAUGCAGCGCAUCCGGAAGACACUUCUAACCCCCCGCGGCCCACGGAAGCUCGCGGGUACGAGGAUAAGGAUCGACUGAUCUACACAGAAGAUGAGAAAAUCAGCCUUGCAUUGGAACUUUUCGCAGAUGUCCCAGAGCCCAUUAAAAGAGCACCGAAUAAUUCCGAUAAACUGCAGCAGAGAGACAUUCGUUACCUACAAUGCCCGGCGGCGGUGUCCGUUGCACAUCUGAAGAAAUUCAUUCGCCUUAAAUUUGACUUGCCGCCAAAAUACACGAUCGACAUUUACCACUCCGAUGAACCUCUCAAGGAUUUUUUCACCUUGAUGGACAUUGCUUACAUUUACACAUGGAGAAGGACAGCUCCAUUACGGCUUCUCUACACAGUGUUCGAACAAGUCACGAAGAAACGGAAAAACACAAAUGAAGAAGUCACGAAUCAAAUUCAUAAACAACCAAGACUUGGGGAUAAAGAUCAAGAGAAUCCGAAAGAAAACAAACCUACCGAAAACUGUGACAGUUCGUCUUCAGAGACGGAUCAAUAUGACGAAAAUUCUUCUCCGGAUGAAAACGAAUACCAUACGAAGGAACCCAAGAUGGAGAGCGAUGAAAGUGCAGAGGAAAGAAACAAGAACAAUGCUGACGACAAUGACAACGAGGAACAAAAAUUUUCAAGCAGCAAAAAUUAUAAACCGUCCGUGAACAAGCCAAAACUAACUGAAAAAGACAGUGUCAAAAAUAUAAUGUCGGGAAAGAAAUCUACGCCGAAAUCUCUGCAUGAACAAGGGGGUAAAUUCUUUUCAUCCAAUUUCUACAAGCGGAAGGCAGCUCUCCAAGCCGAUAUAUGCGCCGAUUCCCCAUUAGACAUGACCAAGAAGACCUUAAAAAAGCUCAAGGAUACUACUACAAAGAAAGUAGGAAAGGAGCAAUCGAUGCUGAACGGAAGUCAUUUUCCCGGAUAUGAGUUCACGGACUGAAAUAUGUACACCAGGGAGAGUUAAUCGCUGAUGUAUUUACACAACAGGUGAUUGUUAGCCGGCGUAAAUAGAUCUGUCUUUGUUACUGAUGUUUUUACACAAACUUGCUUGUUAUUUUCAUUAAAGAAAGGAAACAUAAAAA